AUGUCUACGGUUGCAAACAAACCGCCGGUUAUCGCAGUCGGCCGAGCGAGUUCAGACAUAGGCACUUCGCCUCCAAAGCCAACCCAUACGCGAGCCCAAUCCGUGCGCUCGGCCACUCCCACCGGACAACACGUCAGGACGAGAUCCGUCCAUCCUGUCUCUGCCCGCGCGGCUGUUGCCCGACGAGACACGGCCAUGAGCAAUACAGACUCCGACGCCCGGGCGGCCGCUGCUGCCGCACUGGAGGAUCUCCAGCAGCGCCUGGAAAAGGAGGAGAAGCAGUCGGAGCAGUACAGGCGACAGGCCGAGGUUCUGCAGUCCAAGCUGGACGAUGCGGUCAAGGAGUCGGCCAAGCUCGAGGAAAAGGUCCAUGAGCACGAUGAGCUGAUCGAGACACUACGAAACGAAAAGAGAGAAGCCGGCCGCAAGAUUCGAGAGAUGGAGACAAUCUACGAGGCUGAGCGGAGCGCCAUUCUCAAGGAAAAGGAGGAAAUGGCAACGAAAGAGGAGGAGAUGCAGAUGGUGAUUGCACGAUUAAAGGAGACCCUAGCCCAGAAAUUGAGUCUUGAGGACGACCCGAGACCAUCGAGGCAAUCAGCCAGCGCCUCGCCCUCGCUUGAUGGCAGCGGCUUCGCUCCCCCGUCUUCCCUCCAGCGAAGCGAUUCGCGAAAUAGCUCCAAGCUGAUCCUUCAGAAGGACAAGCUUAUUGAGUCGCUGCGCCUUGAGCUCGCAGAAGCCCAGAUCAAGCUGGUCGAGACCGAGAAUCAGGGCGGAGGCAGACUGCAAGAGGUUGAGCGUCAGUUGAUGGAGGCCCGCAUGUCCAACGCGCGCCUCAUGGAGGACAACGAGAGCUAUCAACUGCUUCUUCAGGAGAAGACUCUCAAGGGAGACUUUGGCCAGAGCGACUUUAGCUACAUGAGCCCGACCGUGAACCAUGAGGCAUUAGAUGCCCUGGAGGGCAAGACAGGCGGCUCCAGCCUCGCUGAUGAGCUUUCGGACGCGACACAGUCCGAGGGCGAGCCUACCGUUGACCACCGCCGCCUCGAGAGCGAGCUUAAGGCUCUCAAGGAGAAGAACAAGGCCCUCACGCUAUACAUCAACAAGAUCAUCGAGCGCCUGCUUCAGCAUCAGGACUUUGAGACAAUCCUGGAUCAAUCAGCAGACAUGAAGCCCCCCUUGCCCGAGAAGGACAAAGACCUUCCACCACCUCCGCCUAUUGAGAAGCCGCAGAUCAACACGCAGCUCAACAGCCCUACCAGCCCUACCAGCCCUACUAGCCCUACCAGCCCGAGGUUCAGCAACCAGCUUAAUGGGCAGCCCAUCCUGCAGCGAACUAGAACUGCGCCCAUCAUGGCUGGGAGAACACGACCGCGACCAUUCUCAAUCAUACAAAAUUCUGAUGGUACUCCGAUCGCGGACCACACCGACCCCGAUAAGGCACCCAGCAUUCCCAUUGGUCUUGGCCGAAUAAAUAGACGUUCGCGACCUGUGAGCGAUCAGUUCCCAGGAGCUGCAUCUCUCGUUAGCCAGAUGUACAGAGGUCCGGAUAGCCCUGCCUCGCCACCGCUCAACCAGCGACACUCGCACGCUUUCUUCCCAACCGCCGGCGUGAUUGGGACUCCGGGUCGGAUUCCUAGCGGUAGCCAGGCUCCUUCAUCCGGAAACUUCCCAGGCACGAGAGGCGAGAGAAGCGAGACAUCAAGCCUAAGCGGCGAGUCUGGCGAGAUCUCAACGCCGCCGUCACAAUCGCCACCGCGAUCCCACUCCGAUAAGCAAAAGACCUUUAGCGGCGGCAAGCCGCGCCCGUUGAGAUUGGUCCAGGAGAACCCAGAUGCCGUCAAGGACAACAACGCCAACAAGCGGGCAAGCUGGAUCUCUGGCUGGGGCUGGGGUGGAAAGAAGGACGACAACUCGCCAGUAAGCCCUGCUAUCCCAGAGUAA